CACACACACACACACACACAGAAAUGUCGGGGUCCAGAGCGGGAAACCGGAUCUCUUAACGACCAUCGCCAGUUUCCUCCGUCACCCUAAAUCCGCAUGUGCCAGGACGUGAACAAGACAUCGGCACUACCGAAAGCCACGCGGUUGGAGUUGACACGCCAGUGAACUCGUGAAUUUAAACGAAUUACAGGUGCGUGAGCCAGGAAAGUCCGGCGGAUGACCACAGCCAAGGGUCAGCUGCGCGCGGAGAGGCAACAUCUUAAAUCAAGAUGAAGACUGCUGGAGUGGAUGAUGCAGGUCUGUUCACUGAAAGCUACUGUAAUAUUUGCAAUGCACAGCUCAUCUCAGAAUCACAACGCAUUGCACACUAUGAGAGUAAGAAGCAUGCCAAUAAAGUGCGUCUCUUCUACAUGUUGCAUCCAGAGGAUGGAGGACCCCCUUCCAAACGCCUCCGACCAGACAACCCGGAAAGUGCGGAGACUGAGGUGGACAGGAAUAAGUGCUGUACCCUGUGCAACAUGUUCUUCACAUCAGCAGUGGUGGCGCAGUCGCACUACCAGGGCAAAACCCACGCAAAGAGGCUCCGCCUAGUCUUGGGAGACACACCCCCUCUACCCGCCAACACAGAUUCGGCUCCUCCCCCCAUUCAAAACGCUCCUGACGCCCCCAUAUUGGCCCCUCCCCUCCCAGCCGAUUGGGUGAGUGUGGGUGUGGGCGUGACCAGAGGCGGGAUGAGGGAGGCGGCUAAGUACUGCUGUCUGUGUGGGGCGUGGUUUAACAACCCCCUGAUGGCCCAGCAGCACUACGAGGGCAAGAAGCAUCGCAGGAACGCCGCACGCGUACAGCUCCUGCAACAGCUCGCCGACAGCUUGGGGAACACACAGACUACAGGUUUACGGAGCAGCUACUCAUGCAGUGUGUGUAAAGUGGUGUUAAACUCCAUUGAACAGUAUCAUGCUCACCUCCAGGGAUCCAAGCACCAGAACAAUCUGAAGCUAAACCAGCAGUGAAGAUACACACUAAUAAGGACACCACAACUCUGCAGGCCAUACGUAUAAGGACAUCUCGUGUGUGUGUGUGUGUGUGUGUGUGUGUGUGUGUGUGUGUGGACCCUCCCUUGAACCUUCAGCAUGAAGACCAGUUCCAGCUCCUGCGUCGACUUCUGAUGAUGUCACUCGGAGUACCAGCAACAUACAACCUGAUGAUGUCAUAGUUCUUGUCAUAACUAACUAACUAAAUGCUUUCACCUCACAAGAGUCUCAAACGUUAUGAUUACUGAAAAUCAAACACACACACACACCACACAGAAAUACACAUCAUUUUUGAUGUGUUCAUGUGAAAAACAUCAUUUUUUUCUAACUCUCUCACACACACAUGCUCAUAGUAAACACCUGCACCAAUGCAAAGCAUCCACACAGCCACAUACACACACACACACACACACACACACACACAAAAUAUGCAGACUGGGUUCCUGUAAAUAACCUUUCGCAUUUAGCCCUUCUCUCUUUUUCUCUCUCUUUAUCUCUCUCAUGCACGCAUACACACACACACACACACACACACACACACACACACACACACUCACACACUCACACACACUUCCGUGACACCCAUGAAAAGAAAUGUGUUGAAGUUUGAUGAGUAUGUUUUAGUUCAGUUGAUGUGUGUAUUGUCAGGCGCCGUGCCAUGUCUCUGUGAGUACUUUGAGAGAGUGCUUCUGGGUCCUAGUGCCCGCCCUCUCUGGCAGGUGCUGUUUGCUGUUUUCUUUGUGAAUUUCUAUGCAAAUGUUGAGAUGUUAUAGCUCUAUGCACUGGGCGUGCGUGCGUGCGUGCGUGCGUGCGUGCGUGCGUGCGUGCGUGC